AUGAACAGUCCGGUAAGGGGCGAGAAGGAGUUUGGAGACAAAGCGCUCCGACGCCAACGUAAGUUCUACUGUGAGCUGAAUUUCGGGUUGCCAAGAACGACACUUGAAAUAUUCGACUGGGUUUUUGCUCCGUCGAACUUCCCGAAUCCGAUAAAAAAGGCAGCCGGCGGAGAACCAGCCGCACAAGCAGCCAAACCCUCCGCAGCUCUCUGCACAGUGACUACUGCCAAAGGCUUGAUUGACUUCCAACGGAAGCUCGGGAAUCGAGGUAUUACUGCGGACUUGGCUGCAAAAGUCAUUUUUGCACGAGCCCAUGAGAGGGCAGCGUUUCUGGAAGAACACUUGGGUCUCGGAGUCGCGCGUAAAGGCGGCAACUACUUUCUGACAAACCUGGCGGACAGCCUGGCCGCGAAUGCGAAUUUCGCCAAUGACGUUAUGCGCAUGGUCGCGCAGGAGAAAACACGAUUC